UUCUCCGCAAGUCCGCAAUGGUGUUGACUGCUGACCCGUCCAAGGGUGUUCUGUUGAAGAGAGAUCCCAAAUUUUCAUUCGUUAAGCGUGCAGCCACGCACUUUGUGUUCUCACAGUCUCACCAGGAGAAGUUUAUGUGCAACUGUGUCUACAUAUACCCCCUAUCUUCUCUGGGUGCCCAAGAUGUGACUGGGUGGUUAGGUAUCUCUUUAAUGCUGUUUGUAAAUGCUUGUACAUUUGUGCGUGCAUCCAUCAUUCCUUGGUCUUCUGUGGUCUCAAUAAGGUUGAUUUGUGUUUGAAAUUGUAAUCUCAGUUCAGAAUCGGGUUCCUUUGUUCGGAAAAGAAAAGAAGAAGAAGAAGAAGAAGGAGGAGCUUUUCUUGAAAGUUGUCAUUUGUAAUAUUCUAUUCAAGUUUGCUGGAAAGCUUGCAGCUUUUCAAGGUGGGUGUGGUUCCAGAAGGGAAUUGGCCAUUGGGUUUGGGUUUCUGUUUCCAGAAGUGUAGUUAUUUGGUGGUCUUGAUAACUCUACCUUUUUGCUAGAUAAGUUAUCUGUUCUUCUGUUUCCAUUUCCUUUGAGUAUGAAGACAGUUGUUACUGAAGCACUUCCAACUCCUAACUCCAUUAAGGUGCAUCGGUUAAUGUGCACAGAAUUAAUCAACUCAGUAAGUAGAGCUUCAAAAAUACUUCCAGCGAUAGAAGCAUCCCGGCCUCGAUGCAGAUCAGGGAUAGAGGCGCUUUGCUUAUUGAACAAAGCCAUUGAGAAGGCGAAGUUAAUACUUAAGCAGUGCAGUGAAUCAAGUAAACUCUACUUGGCUCUGAAAGGAGAUGUUAUACUCUCGAGGUGUCAAAAGUCGUGGAGCUUACUGGAGGUUAGCUUGAGCCAGAUUCAAAACAUGGUUCCCGUAUUGCUGGCUGCAGAGGUUGCUCAAUUAGUUGAUGAUCUUAGAGGUGCGAGAUUCAGCUUAGAACCGUCAGAAGAGGAAGCGGCUAAGGUUGUGAAAGAAUUACUUUUUCAGUGCACGAAGAGCGAGCUGGAGUCUGUUCAGGUUGCGAUGUGGAGGCUAAACAUUACCUCGCCAAACGCACUCUUGAUGGAGAAACGGUGCAUCAAAACGCUGCUGGACAACGUUGGUGAAGGCGACGGUCAAAAGAAGAAGAUUCUGUUGUUCUUGCUGGAUCUUCUGAGCAAGUACGGGAAAGCAAUCGUGGAACAGAACACCGAGAAUGGCUACAAUAAUCUGCAGCGCGAUCAUCUUUUUCCUGCCCGGGCCAACAUAUUGAACAGACCGAUCCCCCCUGAUGUGUUCAAAUGCCCCAUAUCUUCGAGGCUGAUGUACGAUCCUGUCGUGAUUGCUUCCGGGGAAACGUUCGAGAGGAUGUGGAUUCAAAGGUGGUUCGACGCAGGCCACAACACGUGUCCAAAGACCGGGGAGACGCUUCCCGACUUGACAAUAACACCAAACAACCUGUUGAAGGGUCUGAUAUUGAAGUGGUGUGCAGAACAGGGAGUUGCUUGUUCUGAUCCUACCACCUGUAUAUAUGAUGCAGUUCCUCAUUCA